AUGAAAGUUUCACUUGAUCAUGAUGUAUAUAAAUGGUUAUUGUCUCUUACUAUUGUUAAGCCUCAAUAAGUUAAGAAUACUGGUAAGGUUGAAUUAGAUGAGAACUAAAGUAAAUUAUUUGUUAAUGGUAUUAAAUUUGGAGAGACAUUAAAUAAAAUGCUAGAAGCAAGAUCUAUUGUAUAAAUUAUAUAUUAAAUUUUAAGCAUGUACCAAAUUUAAGUGAAUAAAUGAAAAACUAAAUUACUCCUGGAGUUAAAUUAUUCAAUUGGAAUAUUUUAUAGGAUGCAUUUCAAAAAAUUAACUUACCUUUAGACAAUGAUAUUAAAAAUUUAAUUGUUAAUGGUGAUACAGAAAUGAUGAAUGAACUCCUAAAAGAUAUGAUGGAAUUAGAUAAUCAAAUCAAUAGAAAAUAAUAAACAAGAGGAUCAGUUAGAUCAUCAGAUGAUUCAUCUUUUGAAACUUCAAAAAAACCUCCAAGUAGACCAGCAUCAAAAUUACCAUAAACUAAAUAUGAUAUUUAGGGAAAUAACAAUGAAUUAAUUUUAGAUGAAUUAGAUACUAAAAAACCAUUAAAUGAGUCUAAAUCUUUACUUGAAUUUUUUAUUACAGGAUUAUCAAAACAUCUAACAUUAAAACCUUAAUAAGCUGCAUCUUUAAUGUCAAAUGGUAAUAAAUAUUUAGCUCAUUUACUUGUGAAAGGAGUCAAAGGAGAAUUUGAAACACUGAUUAAUUGGUUAAGUGAUAUAUAUGCAAAUAUAUCUAGAGUAUUCAAUUUUUUAGAAUAAUAAGAUUCUAAUGUUCAUUAUUUUUUUGCUACCAUUAAACCAGGAUUAUUGUCAAAAGAAUAAGAAAUUACUCUUUGGACUCUAAGGAUUAUGGGAAGAACUUAUUUUGAACUUUCUGAAAUGGAAAUGCAUUAAUUAGGAUAUGAAUGGUUUUGUAAAGAAAAUGGAGGAUUAGCAGCAACAUUUUUAUGCAUGUAAAGACAUCCAAAUUUACUAAGUUAAAUUUGUGAAUUAUAUAGUUAAGUAGCAAGAUUUAAUAUUGUUGAUUUCUUUACUGUCUAAUUUAAGAAAUAAUUAUCUGAUAAAUGUAUUGAUAUGUUAAAUUCUUUGAUUGAAUUUCUUCAUUAAUAAAAAAUUCUAAAAGAAGAAUUAAUUUAAUAAGGAAUUAUAUAAUAUUGGGCAUAAGCAGCAUUAAAAAUGUCAGAUUCUGAUUAAUUACCUAUUAAAAUGCAAGGUCUUAAAUAUUUAACAUUAAAUUGGUUAUUAUAUCCAAUAUAAUUUGAAGAAGAUUAAAACUAUCCUAAUUAAUUCUUAUUCCUAAUGAAAAAGGGUACUAGAGAUUCAUCAAAUAAUUUGAAAUAUUUCUCAUUAAAUAUGUUAUUCCGUUUACUUGAUAAAUUAGCUACAGAUAGAAAUCCAUAUGCAGCUGUUCUCUAUAAAAAAUUAACAUUUACUUUAAUUGAAAAUUAUAAUGAACUUGAUAUAAGGGAAUUUAUGUUAAACAAUUUUAUGUAUCUAAUACAAAAAUAUUCAUCUAUUCCUAUUGAUAUUCUAUUAGAACCUUUGAUAAAAUAGGUUAUGUUGAAUGAUGCUUUAGUUAACUUAACUGAUAUGAUGUUAUUUAAAUUUAUUAGUAAACAUCCAAAGAUGAAAAUAAGAUUAGCUAUAUUAUUAUUGGAUUUGCUUGCUAAAAUAUAUUUAAAUAGUGUUACAAUGUCUCAUUUAUCAUUAAAUCCAAUUUAAGUACUUUUAGCUCGUUUUGCAGAAUCUCCCUUGUUAAGAGAAUAUGCUUUUAAACUAUGUAAAAUUGGUUUAGCAUUACAUUAUGGUAGUUUAAAGAGUAAAAGAUAAUAGGUUAAAACAAAUGAUUUAUCUGUACUAACUGCAUUACAAUAAUAAAAUAAUGAUCAUGAAAUACUUGAAGCUUAAAAAAGAGCUUAAAUAAUUGAAUUAAUUAAGUUUAUAAUAAAUAUGCAAUAAGAUGAAUUAAAUGAAUAAAUAAAACCAUUAUUAUGUCAUUUUUAUAUUGAAUUGUAAAUUAUUAUUGUUUAUAAUUAGAUAAAAUAUUAGUAUUAAAGAUAAAGGUGUAAUUACAUUAUUAAAUAUGUUUGGUAAUCCUGAAAAAAUAGUUUAGGUUAUUAAAUAAUAAUGGGAUGCUGAAAAAUAAGAAUAAGAAGAAAUCCUCAAAUAAUCUUAAUUAAUUAUAGAUAAUGAAUUUGUAUAGAAUUAAUAAUACUUGCAUUCUGCAGAAUAAACUCCAUAAACUGUUAAAAGUGAAAAAAUUAAAUAAAAUGAUGUAGAUCCUUUCAAUGAUUUAAGAUAAAAGGAAUUAGAAGAUGAAAAGAGAUUUUUAGCUUAAAAUGGAGUAGGAUUUAAAAAGAGAGUUGUAGAAUUAGAGAGAGGAAAAUAACCUAUAGCACCUACUCCAAUAAUAUAAUAAUAAUAAUAAUAAUAAUAAUAAGUUAAGAAAAAACCUUAAUAAGUUGAUCCUAAAGUAUUAGAAAAUAUUGCUAAUAUAAAAUUAAAAAAAGAAGAAGAAUUAUUAAAGAAAUAAUAAGAGGAAGAAGAGAAAAGAAAAAGAAUUGAAACUUUAUAAAAAAAAGCAUAAUAAGAAAUUCAAAAAAGAACCAAUGGAAAAAUAAUUGAGAAAAUAGAUGAAAAGAAAGUUGAGUUGAUUGAUUUGGAUGAUCAUGAGACACAUGAUUAUGAAUCUAUGAGUAUAGCUAUUAAAAAGAAUCAUAAAGCAAUGAAAUAUUUAUUCUCCAAAUAUUCUAAUACUACUAAUUAAGCUAGUAAAAAAUAAUAUUUUGGAGAACUUUAAGAAUAAUAUGAAAUUAUUUAAUUAUCUGAUAUAAUGAGAAUGUUAAAAGAUUAUUAAGUGAAUAUGUCAAAGGAAGAAGUACAAGCAUAUGUUAAAGCUAUAAAUUAAAAAUAUUCUGAGAAUAAGAGUGAUUAAUUUAGUUUAGAUUAAUAGAAUUUUGAAAGAUUUCUAGCUUAACUUUCAAUGAAAAUUGAAGGAUACACAUUUUAAAAAAGACCUGCAGGUUAAUGUUUAGAAUAAUUUAUGUAAAGUUUUGGUUCAAUUGCAAAAUCAAAAAGUAUAAUAUUUAAUAUAUUUUAGAUGAAAAUCAUCUCAUAUUUUUAGAUCCUGAUAAUAUUAAUAUUGAUCCAGAUAGAGAUUUAAUUAGAUAAUUAAAUUUUUAGCUUUAGACUUAAGAUAUUCCAGUUCCUAAUAAAUUCAAGAAGGUAACAGAGAAAUAAUUGAAUUAACGUUUCGAAUAUAGAUAAUCGGCUAUAUUAGGAAUAGAAAAUGCCUGGCUUGAUUGUCAUGAAAUAGUCAAUUAAUUAAUUUCUGAAACUUUUAAAACAAAUGUUAUGGAACCAAUAUCGGAUGUAAAGAUUAUUUGGAAAGUAAAACCAAAUCCUCAAUAAUAAUAAGAAUAAGUAGUUUAGGUUAAAUAGAGAGAUAAUUCAUAAUAGAAGAAAGUUAUUAAUAGAGCAAUUGAAGAUAAAUUAUUAAAAUAAUAGGAAGAAGAAUAAAAGAAAAUGGAAGCAGAAGAGAAAAGAAAAAAACAUUAAGAAAAAUUAAAAUAAGAAUAUUUGAGAAAAAAGAAAGAGAAGGAAGAAUAGGAAUAAUUAAAAAAAUAAGAAGAGAGAUAAGAGAUGAUAGAAAAAGCAGAAAGGGAGAAAAAAUAAUAGGAAUUAUUAAAAAAAGAAGCAGAAGAAAAAAAAUUAAAAUUAAGAGAAUAUAAAGAAAAAAUGGCAGAAGAAAAUAAAAUUAAAGAAGCUUAGAAUAUUGAAUUAUAAAAAUAAAAAUAAGAAUAAGAAAGAAAAUAAAGAGAAGAAUUUUAAAAGAAAUAAAAAGAAGAUGUAAGUAAAUUAUUGGAACAAAAACAGAAAGAAUUUAAAGAUAAAGAGUAAUAAGAGAAAUAGAAAGAAUAGAAAGCAAAAGAAGAAAUUAAAGAAUGGAAAAAUAAUGUUGAAAUUAUGCUUUAAUAAGAAUAAGAAGUAAGAUAGAGAGAAAAAUAAAUGCAUUAAAAAAUAUAAUAAUUAUAAUAAGAUUAGGAUAUUUAAUCUGUUUAUAAAAAAUAUGAUAAAUAAUUAUAAGCAAUUUAUCAUGCUUAUCAAGAGUAUACUGAUUGGAAGAUUGAAAAUGCAGGUGUAGAAAAAGAAUUAUUAUAAUUUAAAGGAUUUACUAAUUUUGCUUCUUAAUUCAGUAUCUAUCCUGCUAUUAUUACUCCUGAAGAUGCAUAACUAAUAUUUAGAUCAAUAACAAGAGAAAGAGAAAGAUAACAAUAAUAAUUGAAUGAAAAAAAUGGAUUCAAUGCAGCACCACCAAAAGGAAUGAAUUAUCAUGAAUUUUAAUAAGCAUUAUUGAGAAUUGCCAUUAAAGGAUAAAAGUAUUUUGAUCUUCUGAAUGAAAAAUAUGAAAAUAACAUGAAAACUAUAGAUAUGCUUGCUUUAAAGAAAGAUUAAGUUAUCUCAGAAGAGGGACCACUAGAAAAAAGAGAAGAUCAUUAUUAACAAGUGGAUGCAACAAGUUCAAAAACAAUGCAAGGUUUAAUGUAUUUUUUAGAUAUGCCUGAAGAGAAAACAGAAAUGAAUUCUAAAUUAAGAGCAUUAAAAUUAGAAUUUUAGAAAGUAGCAGCACAAAGAGAUAAAAAAUAAAGUAAUUCAUUAUAAUAUAUAAUAGUGGUUUAAUAAAAGUUAACAGAAGAAGUUAAAUAACCAACAAAAAGAAAAUAAUCUAUAGGAUAAAAGGAGGGAAAAGAUAAAAGUUAAGAAAAAUGUAUAAAUUAAAAUUAUAUUAUAGAAUAACCUUAAAGAAAUAAAUCUUAAAAUAUUAGGAUUGAUUCUGCAUAAACUAAAAUGAAAUCAUCUCAAAAGGAUUAAAUAAAGGCAGUUGAUGAAAAUGAAUUAAAUAAACAAUCUCCAAAGAGUAUUUAAUAUUUAAAUAUUCAUUAUUAGAGAUAGAAACUACAGGACCAGAUGGAAAGAAAGAAAGUUGGAAAGUUAAUUAAUAAAAACAAUGA